AUGCUUUCCAACACUUUUGCCUUCCUUGGCAUGGCCUCUGCUGCCACCGCCCACAUGCUCAUGACCAACCCGGUCCCCUACGGAAACCCCAACAACAGCCCCCUGGAGGCUAACGGCUCCGAUUUCCCCUGCAAGAACGCCUCUCCCGACGGCAGCGUUGGCCAGAACGUUUACAAGGCCGGUAGCACCCAGGCUCUCACAUUUCAGGGUGGUGCAACUCACGGCGGCGGCUCGUGCCAGGUUUCCGUCACCACCGAUCUCAACCCUACCCGCGACUCCGAGUGGAAGGUUAUCAAGUCUAUUGAGGGCGGCUGCCCAGCUCGCGGGGAGGUUGGCAACAUUGGCACCGAUGCCAGCGCUGCUGACCCCUACGAGUAUGACUUCGAGAUUCCCGAGGAGAUGCCUGAGGGUGAAUAUGUCUUGGCUUGGACUUGGUUCAACAAGGUCGGCAACCGUGAGAUGUACAUGAACUGUGCUUCCGUGCAGAUCACCGGUGGCUCUGGCGACGACUCCUUCCUCUCUGGUCUCCCCGACAUGUUCGUGGCGAACAUUGGAGAAGAGUGUGGCACUGUGGACUCGACCGAUGUUAUGUUCCCCAACCCAGGCAAUGUUGUCGAGCGCCUUAAUGGAGCGACCGAUGCUUUUGCUAAGCCUACCGGCCCUGGUUGCCCUGCUCCCAACGGUGGCGGUGAUGGUGGCAGCCCCAACGCCCCUCAGCCUACUGCUUCUGUCCCCUCCGCUCCCGAGGACGCUGCACCCACAUCGGCCCCUAUUGCGACCAGCGCCUCGAUUUCCACCGGGCCCAAGCCGACCGCUACCAUCCCUGGAGGUGUCUUCAUCACUGUUCCCACAACUGAUCCCGUGGCUCCUACUGCUACCCCAGAGCCUGAGCAGCCAACCCAGCCUGAGCAGCCAACCCAGCCUGAACAACCCCAACCCGAGGAGCCUACCACCCCUGAGCCCGAGGUUCCCUCCUCUGGAUCUGGCUCGCAGGCCGCAGGCUCUCCCUGCACAAUCGAGGGUACUUGGAACUGCGUGGGCGGAUCUUCCUUCCAGCGCUGUGCUAGCGGUGUCUGGUCAGGGAUCAUCAACCUCGCGCAAGGCACCACUUGCGAUGAGGGCCAGUCUGAGGCACUCAGCGUUCACGCAUCCGCUGGCGAGCGAGCCAUGCGUCGCGCUCAGCGUAUCCGCUACUAA